AUGUAUAUAGUCGGUUCCAAGUUACUUUUGAAUGCAUUUAUCCUUCCGCUUUUCGUUGCCGCAGCGGCGGUAGCUAUUCGACUCCUAAGGAGUCCAGAGGCUACCGACCACCCGGUCUUAACUUUUGGAGACGUGAACUUCAUGGCUGAAGCUACUUUGAGUGAAGUGAAACGCCUGCAGGAAAACGCUAAGAUUUUGACUGAACGGGCCUCAGCACUGGGUGCGGACAACUCGAAUCUCUCAAUGCAUCUGGAAUCUUUGACUUUGGACGCAUCAAAAGUUGUUCCUGACUCGCCCACUGUCACAAAGCACCCAGAGGAGUUAUCCCUUUCAAAGGAACCGUCUUCGGAAUUGAAACAGGUGGCUACAAAAAUGACAGAACAGCCCAGUCAAUCGAUCCCAGAGGCUGAACCGCCCGGUAAGCAGCCAGUGCAUUUAUCGAUUCCCGGUGAGGUUUCAGAUACCGAAAAUGUGCCCCCGACCCCAGAGGCUCCUGCCCGGCCUCUUGAAAGCGGUACAACUUCGGCGGCUGCAAAGAAGAACAAGAAGAAUCGAAAGAAGGCCAAGCAAAGCGAGGGCUCCGCGGAACAGACCGUGGAUGUCGUUGUAGCAGAGAGCGAUGAGGCUAUAAAACCGACUGAACCCCCUCCACCAGUUCCCGCUCCUGAAGAAAUUGUCCCUGAAGCUGACUGGGAUACGAUCAGUGAUAGUAUGGACAAAUCCGCGCAGCCUUCAACCACAGAGCAGGAGACAUCUUCAAGCAAAAAGUCGAAAAAAAAGAGGAAGUCCAAGUAA